AUGCCCGUUGAAGUGAUGCAAUGUGUAAACUGUGUUAGAAUGGAUUACGAUGUUGAAGAAGGGAUAUCAAAGGACUUCAUUGAAUAUGACUUUGCUGAAGAUGCAUUGGAUUUCGAGUCCCAGCUAGACGAGGCUCGAGAAGUGAAAUUUACGCAAACUUUGAACGAACCGUUGACUAUCGGAUCACAUAUUGUAUGCACUGGUACGCCCAGCGACGAUUUACCAUGGUUUGCUGUAAACAUUGGUUGUGGAGAACCUGAUACGGGACGUGGAGACAUCGCGGUGCAUUUCAACGUACGUCUUCCACAAUGCUAUGUGGUAAGGAAUACACGUCGCCACGGCAAAUGGGGACACGAGGAGACUACAGCCUUUAGGUUGUUUCCUUUCAAAGCGGGUCGUCCAUUUACUAUUGAGAUUUUAGUUGAUGAAACUGAGACACUGUGGGCGUUAGAUGGCGAUCAAUAUUGCAGCUACACUCAUAGAAAUCCAAGCCCACUCGUUGCAGAAUGGGUACAAGUUACCGGCAUUAGAGAUGCUACAUUGAAAAUACAAAAGACUGAUAAUUUUCCCGUUUUGUCACCGAUCCCUUUGGAAGUGCCUCUACGAGCAAGCUCUGAAGAUGAUUCAAAAGAAGGCACUGAGCCCAUAUGGCGACCCAACAUCACCGCCUUGCUUACAAACGGCAUUCCUGAAGGACACCAGUUAGUUAUAUAUGGAAGACUACGUCCUCUCCUGCACUCAUUCGUAGUAGAUCUGAUGGACUCGGCACGAGAAUGGCCGCGUCCCAACAUACUGGCGCACGUGAAUGUUCGCGCGUAUGACGAGUCGCAACGUGAGAGACAACUCGUCGUGCUCAACGCUAGGCUCGGGGAGUGGGGCCCAGAGCGGCGCCAGCGGACUGCAAGGCUUGUGCCUGGCACCUAUACAAAACUAAGGAUAUUAAGAGGCACUCGAGAAUGGGCGAUAUAUUCCGACAACAUGCUGAUUGGUGAGCUGGAGCACCGGGCGGCCGCCGAAGGCGUUCACGCUAUUCGUAUUCGCGGUGACCUUUACCCUGAAGAGAUCUUCUUAUGUCCUGCAUCUAGUUCCCCAAUAAGAGAGGACUGUUAA